AAGCACUUGCUUAACCCUUGACGAUCACAAGCUCCUCCUUUCGAGCUUGCGAAACUGAAUUGACAAGUGCAGGGGACAGCGAUGAAUGUCCAGUUUUGGUUGGACAGCGGUGCACCCGAAAGUUCUCUCCUCAAAGAUAAAAGUAUGGCGUUGCACACUGAAUUCUCAUUUUGGAGAGCUGCCAUUGAUAGCGAUGGAUUUAUCGGCUCAUAUCAUCAAGUUGUAUCCGAACGAAGGGAUUAACCACGGAAUGGACGACACGUCAAAUCAUAUCCGGCCAAUUGCGGAGCUAUAGAGACUCACACGAAACCAUUCUGCAUCGAUGCAAGGCACGCUAUCACUUUGUGUACUUGAUCACGCAAUUGGAGCAUGACGUGCUUGAGGGUUGCGAGCACGUAUCCGGGGUGCCAACCCUGGAACACGUGAAUCUUGGCCUUGCUGUGUUAAACCCCUCGACAAUGGCAAAUAAAACCAAAAUAAGCCGUCAUUAUUUCAGAUCCGUUCAUCCAUUAUGAGAGGGUGCCUAGAUUCGAAGAAUAUCGUUUUGCUCAAUAUCCGGUGGCUUUUUCCCCCACGUAGUGUCGUUGCUCAGAGUCUCCACGGGCUCUUUCUUUGAGCUGGAAUAGCAUUGCAACAGCCACAAUCACGACGAGAGGGAGCCAUCUUUCUGUCGGGCUGAUGAUCCCAUCCCCACGCUACUUCUAGGUAUGGAGAAUCAAGGAUUCCCACCGACAUCCUAUCCUAACGGUCAUUCGCCCAACUUCCCCGCGAAUUCAUCUGUGAAACAUCAUGACCCCUUUGCCUCGGGCACACAGUUCUUCAAUACCGAGUUUGUGCCCAUAUCACCGUCAGAGACACAAGAGCCAGAUUCAGCAAUAGCUGCGCAUCUACUCGCUGUUGAAGAAGAAAAGCGACGUCGAAACACAGCGGCGAGUGCGCGCUUCCGCCAGAAGAAAAAAGAACGAGAGCAGGCCCUUGAAAAGACAGCAAUGGAGAUGACGGAGAAAGUACGAGGCCUCGAACAGAAAGUUGGUCAGCUAGAAUUGGAGAACAAGUGGUUGCGGGGCCUUAUUGUUGAGCGCAGGAGGAAGAUGAGUAGCAUGAUGGAGGAUGAUGCAGGCGAGGGAAGCGGCUCUUCGAGGAAGAGUGGAGACGGCAAGAAGUCUAGGAAAAAAGGAAGCACAGACGUAGAGACGGAGAAAAGCCUGCAUAAGGGGAACGACGGUGUCGAGGAUGAGUAAAGCCAGUUUUGUAUGCUUCUGCGGACGACGAGAUGGACUUGGCAGGCAUUAUGCAAUCAACAAGCACGGUCUCAACUUGCCUCAGCAUGUACAAAAUGCUGAGCUCUCUGUUGUGGCUCUACUCAGGAUAACUCGAC